GAUUCCUUAACCAUAUCGCACUUGCUUUUCCCACUUCCACUUUCCUCGCUUUAUUCACCAAAGCAAAUCACCAUAUCUCUCUUCUUUCAGAGCUCAACUUAACUCUUACUGCGAAUCUCUCUUCUUCCUCCGCCAUGGGAGUUGCCAACAACAUUACAGCAGUUCUAAACUUCGUAGCCUUCCUCUGCUCAAUACCCAUAAUUGCCUCCGGCAUCUGGCUCGCUUCCAAGCCCGACAACGAGUGCAUCCACUACUUUCGCUGGCCUGUCGUCUUGCUUGGCAUCCUCGUUCUUCUUGUCUCCCUCGCUGGCUUCGUUGGUGCCUACUGGUAUAAGGAAACUCUCCUUGCUUUCUACCUCUGCUGCAUGGCCAUUCUCAUCGGACUUCUCUUGAUUCUACUGGUUUUUGCUUUUGUUGUCACGCGCCAAGAUGGUGGGUACGUUGUUCCAGGGAGGGGUUAUAAAGAGUACAGGCUUGAAGGAUUCUCGUCGUGGCUUAGAGAUCAUGUACUGGACUCCAAGAAUUGGUACAAGAUUAGGAAUUGUCUCGCAGACAGCGAUGUUUGUUCUAAGCUGACUCAGAAUUAUAUCACUGCUGAUCAGUUCUUCAUGUCUCAUAUCUCCCCUCUCCAGUCAGGAUGCUGUAAGCCCCCAACAGUUUGUGGCUACAGUUACGUGAACCCAACACUGUGGCUGAACCCAGCAAACCCAACAUCAGACCCAGACUGCUACUUGUGGAACAAUGACCAGAGCCAGCUCUGCUACAAUUGUAAUUCUUGCAAAGCUGGUUUGUUAGGGAAUCUGAGAAAAGAAUGGAGGAAAGCAAAUGUUAUUCUCAUUGUGGCAGUUGUUGUGCUCAUAUGGGUCUAUGUUAUUGCCUGCAGUGCCUUCAAGAAUGCUCAAACAGAAGACCUUUUUCGCAGAUACAAGCAGGGUUGGGCUUGAUCUUGCCAAAGACAAUCACUUCUAUUGCAUCGCUGGUUCUGCUGUUUCUCUUUGUUGUCUUGUUCCCUUUUGUCCUUUUGUGUUACGUGUCUCUGUCUGUGCCAUUAGUGUAUAUAUUCCUUUUCUUUUUUCUUUGUUCUUCGUUAUCUAGAAUUGUAUGGACUGACAGUGAAUACUCGGUGAGGAACCAAAUUUGAUUGCUUGUGAAAAUGAUAAUAGAAUUAGAAUCUCAAUUAUCAGCUUUUCACCAGAA